CUGAACCUUCCUUCAGAAUCAUUGAAAUCUGAAUUGAAGAAGCCCCGUCUCAUCCUAAUACAAAAAUAUUAAAAGAAAAGAAAACAAGAGAAAAAUAGCAACACCAACUCAUUUCUCCUCCACGAGGACGAGAACGCGAACGACGACGACCAUCCGCAGGAGCUUCCCAACCACGAUUUCAGAACAAAGAAAACACUCUUCUUCUAUAUAGCUCCUUCAGACUCAGUAGCCCCUCGUCAGUUCUUCAAAACUAGAAACACAGUGAAAGAGAAAGAGAUGGAUAUAGACUUUGAGGCGAGGGUGAAACCUCUGGAAUACAAAGUGAAGGCAAUGUCACGUGAGUCGCCGUCCCAGAAGGCGGGUCACGUGCUCGACGCCGACCUCCGCUCCCACUGGUCCACCGCUACCAACACCAAGGAGUGGAUUCUUCUCGAGCUCAACGAACCUUGCUUGUUAUCGCACAUACGAAUUUACAACAAGUCUGUGCUCGAAUGGGAAAUUUCAGUUGGCUUACGCUACAAGCCAGAGACAUUUGUAAAAGUUCGCCCACGUUGUGAAGCACCGCGACGUGACAUGAUCUAUCCCAUGAACUAUACUCCCUGUCGCUAUGUGCGAAUAUCUUGUUUGAGGGGAAAUCCCAUAGCUAUUUUCUUCAUACAGCUUAUCGGCGUUUCAGUGACUGGCCUGGAACCAGAGUUUCAACCAGUUGUUAACCACUUGUUGCCAUCCAUUAUAUCUCACAAACAAGAUGCCCAUGAUUUGCAUCUUCAGUUUGUAGUUGCUUAAAGACAUGACAAGUCGGUUGCUUGUUUUCCUUCCCCAACUUGAGG